UAUACACGGACAAAGGAUGUCAACAAGUUUAAAACAGGCUUUAAAAUCCCACUUUGGCUUCGACGGCUUUAGGUCUAAACUUCAGGAAGAUGUUGUUAAGGCUGUCAUUAGUGGUAACAUGGACGUGUUUGUGUGCAUGCCGACCGGAGCAGGGAAGUCUCUGUGCUAUCAGCUGCCUGCAGUGCUGGCUGAGGGUAUUACUAUUAUAUCCCCGUUAAUCGCUCUCAUUCAGGACCAAGUGGAUCGCCUGAAGGAGCUCAACAUCCCCGCCUGCUCCAUCAACUCCAAGCUUCCAGUGGGCGAGCGCCGCCUGAUCCUGGCUGAUCUGGGCAGCAACCAGCCAAAGCUGAAGCUCCUCUACAUCACACCAGAGAUGGUGGCCUCGGCCUCAUUCCAGCCCUGCCUGACGGGUCUGUGUUCCCGCGGCCUGCUGUCCUACCUGGCUGUGGAUGAGGCCCACUGUGUCUCCCAGUGGGGCCACGAUUUUAGGCCAGACUAUCUCAAACUGGGUGAGCUGCGGGCUCGCAUACCCGGAGUUCCCUGUUUGGCUUUGACAGCUACAGCUCCCAAGAACGUGCAAGAAGACAUUGUUCAGUCUCUAAGGCUGCGCUCGCCGAUGUCUUUUGUCACUCCAGUUUUCCGUAGGAACCUUCAUUAUGAUGUGAUCUUCAGGGAUCUGCUGCCAAACCCUUAUGUUCACCUCUGUGCCUUUAUCAAAAAAGCUCUGGCAAUGAGCAGUGGAUCAGCUGGACAGGACUGUGGGAUCGUUUACUGUCGAACCAGAGAAGGCUGUGAAACUGUUGCUUACCAGCUGACCAAGCUCGGAGUCUUAGCUAAGUCUUAUCAUGCAGGUCUGAAGGGAGGAGAUCGCACAGAGGUGCAGAAUGAGUGGAUGCAAGGAAAGGUGCUGGUUAUUGUUGCAACCAUCAGCUUCGGCAUGGGAGUAGACAAAGCCAACGUUAGAUUUGUUGCCCACUGGAAUCUUGCAAAGUCUCUGGCCGGUUAUUACCAAGAGUCUGGACGAGCAGGUAGAGACGGUCUGCCCUCCUUGUGUCGCACGUACUAUAGCCGGAGGGAUAAAGAGUAGCUAAACUUCCUGAUUCGUCAGGAAAUUGACCGAAGAAAGGCAAAACGAGGCUCUUCAAAGGAGAUUGACAAAGCAGCCCUCUCGGACUUUGAAGCCAUGGUGUUGUUUUGUGAGCAAGAAGGGUGA